AACUGUUGGAUUCCGGGCAUAAUUUUUCUUCUUCAUUGGGUUUUAUUUUUUGUUUUUACCAGUUUACGAUGCACUCAGAUCUUGGAAAAAUUGUUCAAAGUUUAUUGGAUGAAUUUUGGAAGAAUCCUCCGGUUCUGGCUCCUAGCUCAACAUCAUUUCCAUACCUUUUCAAUAAACCAGCUGGAAUGCCUCCUUAUGCUCCUCAGGGGUUUCCCUUUCUUCCUCCAUAUCCACCUCAAGAAACAAAUAGAACAAUGGCAGCUGUGCCUGUUCCUGAAUCAGUUUCUUCAAGCUACACUACCGACAAGCCUGCUGCUCCCUCUUAUGGCUUGAUUGCUGAUCUGCCACUACCUGUUCCGACAGCAGAAGCAGUGCUUCAGGUUGGCCAGAAUGGAUUUACUUACAAGAUGCCUGAUAUUCCUGAUACAUUUCCAGAACUCUCAGAACUAAGUAUAUCACAGCUGACCAGUAUGAACGAGCAAGAGGAAGUGUUACUGGAACAGUUUGUGACUCUACCACAACUGAAGCAAGUCAUUACUGAUAGAGAUGAAUUAGUGAAAAGCAUUGAAGAGCUGGCAAAAGAAAACUUGUUACUGGAGCCUAGUCUCGAGGCAAAAAGACAGAUGGUGUUAGACAAAUAUGAGCAACUCACACAAAUGAAAGCAGCCUUUGAAAAAAAGAUGCAAAGACAGCAUGAACUUAGUGAGAGUUGCAGUCCAAGUGCUCUACAAGCCAGACUUAAAGUAGCUGCUCAUGAAGCUGAAGAGGAAUCUGACACUAUUGCAGAAGACUUCUUGGAAGGCAAAACAGAAAUAGAUGACUUCCUUAGCAGUUUCAUGGAAAAGAGAACGCUCUGCCACUGUAGACGAGCCAAAGAGGAAAAACUUCAACAGGCAAUAGCAAUGCACAGUCAAUUUCAUGCUCCGCUAUAGACUUCCUGCAAACUACAGCUGCCAAGAGAACAAGUGAAAAAUCCAAUAAAGCACACUUUUUAAUAACUAUUAUUUGCAAAUAAGCAUUUCAUCUUAUGUGGUUGUAUUUAUAGAAGAGAUUGUAUACAGAGUCGGGAUGGUUUUUGUACAAAUUAGAAUGUCUCUUUAUGUUCUCAUUGUACUCAAGAAUCCUAGUGCAAUCUUUGCACUAAGUUCUUAUAUUUAUUGUUGAUAGUUCUUACUAUAUUUAAGUUCCUGCUGCUAUAUGCCAUUCUUCAGAGAUUAAAUAUCUAAACAUGUAA